GAGGUGAUCAUUAUUGCCACCCGAAGGAUCUUGAGACCUCCAAAGAAGGGCUCUGCUGUUCAGCGACCUCGCAGCCGUACACUAACUGCUGUGCACGAUGCCAUGCUGGAGGAUGUUGUUUACCCUGGAGAGAUUAUUGGGAAACGUAUCAGAUACCGUAUUGAUGGGUCCAAAAUAAUCAAGAUUUACCUGGACUCGAAGGAGCGGAACAAUACUGAGUACAAGCUUGAGACAUUUGCAGGAGUUUACCGGAAGCUUUCAGGGAAAGAUGUUGUGUUCGAAUACCCAAUUACCACCGAGGCAUAAAAAUACCGAUGAUACUCCAUUAUCAUGAAUCUCUAGCUGCUAUGUUUCUUUAUUGAAUUGAAAUUUUGACCGUGCAUUUGGAUUCAGCACUUUUUGGUUCAGGAAGUGUGAUAGAUGGUCUUAUCCCCUGAAAUUUGAGACUAUGUUCUUGUAGAAGACUCAAAAUUUUUUCUCAAAAAGUAAAUUUGCUUAGUCUUUUUGGUGCUGAA